GUAGAAAGAGAGAAGAGGUGAAACUGAAGGAAGAGAGUUCAGCUGCAGGGCCAGGUCAUGGGGAAACACCAGCACCCGAACCCUUGCAUGCAGCUUCAGCUUCCCGGGCCUCCGCUUGAACGUUUCAUCGACGUCAGCAGAUGGUCCGCCAUCUUUAACAAGCUUGUCGUGUGUCCAGCGUCUUCGUCUUGCCCAAGUUUUGACCACUGAGGGCUGUUGUGGUGUUUCUGAGGCGUGACUCAUCCACUCUGGGUUUGGUUGAGGUCUGGGCCGAGCCACUUUGUUGUGGAAAUCCAGCACCCUCGCCACUGUUUAUUUUGGAAGUCUGGUUUUCUGGCACUCUGUGAAGGUCAAUGCCGAGGGGAACCAUUAAAUGAGAGGACUACUUGGGAGUUAUAUUCUUGAUUUGGACAUAUUUUGGCUUUCUGUUGGAAGAGCGGGGGAGAGUCUGCUUUGUCCUGUUUUGGGCUUGCCUGACGAGCUAUGAUGGAUUUAACCUAUUUCUGUGUGACACGGAUCCCCAUGUUGAUAUUUCUGCUCCACAUGGUACAGGGAACAUGACAGAAAGAAUUGUUGCGGGGCUUCUCGGAGAUAUUUUAAUGGGGUCCUGGUGGAAACGGAAACUGACCCCUCUUUAUCCUCCCCCCUCCGCCCGCCCCCGGUUGCUCACUCUUUUUCUUCCCCUGUUUUUUUUCUCUUUCCAUUCUCACUCUCUCUCAAGCGCUCCCACAGCAGGAAGAACCCAAUUAUAGAGAUAUCGGGCCCAUGCUGAAAACGUGAUAGCCUGUGAAAUGUCUUUGGCGUCACACAGAGACAAUGUUUGUCCUGCCCCAGUGCAAACAGGAUGCUGUGUGCAGGAGAGCGUCGCGAGAUAAGAACAGACAACGGCAAGAGGGAAAGACCAAAAAAAAAAGGCAACCAAGGGGGCAGAGGACAGCAUGGACAGACAGAGGAAAACAGCUGGGAGACUGAUGAUGCAGAGAUGAUCUGAUGACCCUAAGAAAGACAGAAGUAGAGCAAUAGUACAGUUACAGUAUCACCAGAACAGUGCGAUUCUUUUACAGGAAGUAGAAGGCCGGAAAAUCUACAGAAAACAUGGCUGAGGGAGUUUUACCAGACAGUGCAGUCACAUAAGCCUCACUUCUUGGCAGUGCACUGUCAAGAAGUGGGUGGGAAGAACUAUGAGGCAUCCAUGUCACACGUGGAUAGCUUUGUCAAGGAGCUGUUGUCCAGUGAUGCCAUGAAGGAGUACAGCAGAGCUCGCGUCUACCUCGAUGAGAACUACAAAUCCCAGGAGCAUUUCACAGCUCUCGGAAGUUUCUACUUUAUCCACGAGUCUUUGAAAAACAUCCACCAGUUUGAUUUCAAAGCCAAGAAAUUCAAGAAGGUGGUAGGGAAGGAGACCUACUCAGAGACACUAGAAAGCACACCCUCACUGGAGAAGGAGAAGUUUCCACAGGACUACUUUCCUGAGUGCAAGUGGUCCAGAAAGGGAUUCAUCAGAACUCGAUGGGCCCUGCCUGACUGGAUCACGGACCAGCGGUUUGAGAGGUUGCCAUAUUUCGUCUUUGGGGACUUUAACUUCAGGUUGGACUCGAAGCAGGUUAUUGAGACUCUCUGCUCCACUGCCACCAUGCAGACAGUCAGAGCCGCAGACACCAAUGAGGUCGACAAGCUAAUAUUCCGAGAAAGUGACAACGACCGAAAGCUUUUAGAGUAUGACAAAGAGCUGUCGGUGUUCAAGGAUCGGCUGCAUGAACUGGAGAUCUCGUUCCCACCCAGCUAUCCGUACAGUGAGGACAGCAGUCAGGGGAAGCAGUACAUGAACACCAGAUGCCCCGCCUGGUGUGACCGAAUCCUCCUCUCUGCUUCUGCCAGAGACCUGGUCUUAAAGCCUGAAAAUGAAGAGAAGUCUGUAGUCUAUGAUAACAUCGGGCCCAAUGUCUGCAUGGGGGACCACAAGCCUGUCUUCCUGUCCUUCCGAAUAACAGCGGGGGCAGGGAAGUGUUGCCAAAGGGGGGAGAAGAUAUUCCGUGAAGCGCCUCUGUGAGAACACCAGAGAAACAAACAGGACACCAACAUACACGCACACACACACACACACACACGCACACUCAAACACGCGCGCACACACACACACACUCAAACACGCACAC